GUACUAUAUGAACGCACUCUCCUUUCUCUCUCCACACUUGUCUAUUGAUUUUCUCUCUAUUGCUUCCAAGUCACCUCCAUUAGAUAAUGGGAGGCAGGUGUUGAUCCUUGGCCGGGCCGCCGAGUGCCGCGUGCCAGGUGACAGAACAAGAGUAGCAGCGGCCGCAGCAGCAGCGCCAGUCCCCGCCACGCCAAACAGUGACCAUGGAGAACUGCAGGCGUUUACAGUUGUCGCUGUUCUUGCUGAGGCUGGUGGGAGGCUUUCCAUACCAGCGAAGGGAGAAUAAUGAAUAUAUGAAGACCGUGACUCAGGUGUACACUCAAAUGCACGCGUCAGAGGCGGGGCACCGACGGGCCUCGGCGGAAAGGCCCCCUCGUUACCAGGCCAGAGUUGGCUGGCGGGUGUGGGCGUGGUGCCUGGGGCUCAUCUUGGUGUGUUAUGUGACCUUAGUAUUGUUUGAAGUUCAAAGAGUAAACACUCGCUACAGCAGCUGGCCCACGACACUGAUGGUGGCCAACAAAGUGCGUGAAAUGAUUACGGCUCUGACAGUGCUGGUGACGGAAGUCUAUCUGCUGGCCAGCUCCUCCAGCGCGGUGGAGACAGUGAACCAAUAUCUGGACCUGAUGCCCGUCUCGAGGCGCCGCCCUGCCACACUCUUAACAGACUUGUGGGUGGCGGUGAGCGGCGUGCUGUUCCUGGGAGGGAACUGCAUCGUCCUCACCUCCUAUGUCUAUUACCUCACCUAUAAUGGUAUUUGUGGAUACAUUUUCUAUGUGAUUACUCAGUACAUCGAGACUAUACUGUACCUGCUGAUUAACUGUUUCGUAAUAGCCUACCUAUACACGGUGAUUUUGCUUUUCUGCGUCAUAUUCGAGAGAAUCAAAAGGCAGCUAGUAGGGGCGUGUUCAAGGCUGGAUGUACGCGAGGACGUCAACAUACAUAAGAUUAUCUUGAAAAUGUACGAAGGUGAGGCCAGCGUCCAGCCUCCAGAUACAGAGAGCGACGUCGCCACACACAGGCGAGCAAACAAGGCAAACAAGGUCAGCGAAGACUUGAAAAGGAUCGCGAAGGACUGCCGACGAACUCUGUCACAAAUGCACCUCCUUCACUACGCCCUGAACCGCUACCUAGGGCUGCCCAUCACGCUCAUCAUGCUCACCUCCGUCGUGUACAGUAUCCUGGCCUGCUUCUACCUCUCAUACAUGUACUUCAUGACCACCGCAAUGCGAAUCAUGUCCGUGUCCUACUUCUUGAUCGGUGUACUGCCUCAGAUUCUGCUCUCCAACCUGCCAGUCCUCCUGCAGACACAGGACGAGGAGCUGAGGCUUCUAAUUCGGUCUUUGCUUCGCCAGGAGGACGACGACACGAUUAAGAACGAGCUGAGGGAGGUGCUGGAGGUGAUGGACGAAUCGCCGGGAUUUGAACUGUGCAGGGUGUUCACGCUGGGUCGAGCACGCAUGCUGGACAUCAUCAGCUUCAUGGCGACCUACCUCGUCAUCCUCCUGCAGUUCAGCUCAACGGAAGGAUGGGACAGCGAUGGCAGGAUGUUAUUCCAGAACAUGACGUGAAGAGAGAGAGAGAGAGAGAGAGAGAGAGAGAGAGAGAGAGAGAGAGAGAGAGAGAGAGAGAGAGAGAGAGAGAGAGAG